UGUUGAUAGAGGAUUAAGGGGCAAAGGGACAAUGGUGACAGUGUCCAAGCUUGAACUAGAUCAAGCUCAAUUAGUCGUGAUGAACAAUAACGCAGAGGUUCAACCAUAUAUAACUGACCAUAUGGAGCUGUUACAAUCAAUGGUUCCAAGAAAUCAAAAAAAUAAACAAAAAUGGGUUGCAGACCAACAUCGUCAAACUUUCAUUGGGUGGUUAAGGAAUACCAUUAUAGCAAAGUUGAACGAACCGAAUCAUGGAGUAUCUGAUGUGUUGAGUCGUAUUGCCCUUGGACCAACUUUUGCGGUUGCAAAGCAUGAAGCGUACAUUGUAAGGGGUAAACGUUUUCAUACAAAGUCAAGAGAUGAUGCUCGAGAGGUUCAAAAUAGUGGUAUACGUAUCGUCGCGAAACUAUGCACUUUGCAAGUGCAAAAGAUAGAAACCCUGUUUUAG